ACUCCAACACCUCCAUCCCACAUGUCUAACACUUUCUAUGACCGAUGCAAAGAGGCCCACGAGCUCGUGUCUGGCUACCUAACAGAUUCGCUUCCAUGGGGGAACGUUCCGCCCCUGCGGGCCAACUAUGUUUUCAAUCCACAGAUUCGGGCUGAAAACAAAGCUAAAAUCACAAGAUCUGCUCAGGUGUUGAGGGCUUGUUUGACAAAAUAUAACCUCAACCAAUUGGCCAUAAGCUAUAAUGGUGGCAAGGACUGUCUUGUGAUGCUAUUGAUUUUCCUCUACGCCAUCUAUGAACGGAGCUUACAAGUGGAACAACUAGAUCCUACCACCCUUCCGGCCAACGACCAGUUCUUUACCAAGAAGUAUUUACAAACACAUCGAAUGGACUCGAUCUAUAUCAAUAGCGAAGACCCGUUCGAGGAAGUGUCGCAGUUCAUCUCCACGUCCACAAAACACUACAAUUUAAACCCAAUCAGCAUCAAGAGUUCACUUAAAGACGGGUUUGAGCAGUACUUGAAUGGCCAUCCAGAUAUAAAAGCGAUUAUUGUUGGAAUCCGGCAUUCUGACCCAUACGGAUCAUCUCUACUGUACGAACAAGAAACUGACCACCAGUGGCCCAAGUUUAUUCGGGUGCAUCCCAUUUUGCACUGGAACUAUGUGGACAUUUGGGACUUUAUUAUUGGGUGCAACUUGGACUACUGCGUGUUGUACGACAGAGGAUACACUAGUCUUGGAGGCGUGAAAACCACCGUACCAAAUCCCGUGUUGGUUCAUGGAGGAGAAUCGGCCCCGGCUUAUGCCAUGACUGAAGAUGCAGAUGAUCGUGAACGAUUGGGAAGAAACAAAGCUCCACAGUAGAUAUAGACGAUGUAUAUAGUAAGCACUAUGAAAUGGAGCCAAGAGCCUUUCCUACAAGAAUUCGUCACAUGAAUAUAUGCAUAAUCCUGAAACAAAUAUAAAUCAUCAAGCCCUAAUGGCUGUUCCUAACUGCCCCUUCUCUGGGACUUAUUGGCAUUUGCACUCGCAACUAACACCUUCUUGAAAUAGUCGGUACUUAGUGGUCCCACGCCAAUUUUGCCCAAUGCCACCUCGGCACUAGUAUGACCAAUCGAGCCGUCUCUUCCCGACGACCCCGACGUCGAUACCCCCAAGCUCUUCAACUUUAGAAGCAACUCCACCUCUUUUCUAUUAUUCUCAUCAAUUUGAUUCUGUAAGUACUGGAUGUAUUCCACCGACUUGGUUAAUAUCUGUCCUUUAUUGGGCUUCCCAUCUUUGGUCCCGCUGUUCCUCAUCAACUCGUCGUCUGGGUCUUUACUAACCCCGGUGUCCUUAAAUAAGUCUUCGGGUACAAGCGUCAAAAGUUCUUGUAUCUUAUCAUUGAUAUUGUCUCUUCGUUUUCGGUCAUGGCCAUCAUCAUCACCAUCGUCCUGCUCACCACCGUCCGAGUUGCUGUCGUUCAGCCGUAUGGGGACCAAGGAGCCACGUCUGCUCAGGGGUUUGGAAAUACCUCCGUGGCUCACUCCCCCUCCCAAAGACUGGGACAAUUGACGCUUGAUGUCGACGGAAUUGGACACCAAGUCAGACUGCUUAGACUCACCCUUGAAGUUGAUAGAAGGGAUGGGCGACGUUGACAGGCUAUCGCUGAAGUUGUCAGGACUUAGAAAGUCGUCUCUAGGCAUAGCUAAUGUUGUGGGAGAUUUUCC